AUGUCCGAAGAACAAGCUCACGUUCAGUUCGGGGCAGAGAAGGAGGGCCUGCGCCCCAGGGCGCCACACCCUCACACUCUUCCACCUCGUGCAUCCACCCCACACCCCGCAGGUCGCCCUGCAACUGUCGCGAAGUCGACUGGCGCCGCUUCCAAGAGAGCAGCUGUCACUGUUACUGAUGGCAAGGGGGCGCAGAAUCCUAAUUUUGAUCCUGCUGCAACCGCCACCAAUGAUGAAGCGACCCCCGUUCAAACCGUGCCUCGCGAGGCCACCUGGGCGGAACACUUUGCCAAAAAUGUCGAGACGCGGCCCCCUCGAGUCAGAUCCAAAAGCAUCGCUCGCUGCCAGUCCUCCACUCACCAGCCGGGUGGUUAUCACUAUGGAGACUAUGCCCUUCAGACUGACGGAGCGGCUCUCGAGGCCCGCCGUGCUGUUCGCGUAGCACGUACCGAGGGCACGUGCUCCCCCGGUCCGCGUCUAGGCUCGGAUUACUUCACCGCGCCCGAGGAUGCUAGUGAGGACUCGGAAUAG